AUGGCCGGCGAAUCCACAUCUCGGAGGCUCCUCCGUCGGGACCGGCCGCGAAGACGGGGAGGUUUGGCUGGUUUUCCGUUCAUCAAGAAACUGAAGCCAGCCACAGCACACAAGCGACGAACAAGCCAGCAAGUCCGGUGGUGGAAGCACAGGGUAACUGAAGCAGGAAUUAAUGCGAGGGAAAUUCCACAUCGCAAGGAUGAACACCAAAUCUUUGCAGCCGCCUGCAUUCCGAUCCCCGCUCCUCCCCCAAUCCCCUUUGCCCCUGCUAUAAAUCCCCCCUUCCGAGAUGGAAAUUCCACAUCGCAAGUCUGCUGCACUGCUCUUCAACCGGAAAUCGCCUCGCUUACUUCGCUUGCCUCGCUUACUUCGCUUUUUCCUCUGUCUCUGUUGCUCGCCGGAGGUUCUCGGACGGAAGACACUGCAGAAGGGGAAGAGAUGGCCGCGGACACUUUCCCAGCGGGGCUGCGCGUGCUCGCCGUCGACGACGACCGCGUCUGCCUCAAGGUCCUAGAGAGGCAGCUGAAGUAUUGCAACUACAACGUGACAAUGCUGACGGACGCCCAGACGGCGCUGGACAUGCUCAGGGAGAGGAAGGACGAGAACCAGUUCGACCUGGUGAUCACCGACGUCUACAUGCCCAAAAUGGACGGCUUCAAGCUCCUUGAGCUCAUCGGCCUGGAGAUGGAUCUCCCAGUCAUCAUGCUAUCCGCGAACAGUGAGACACAGACUAUAAUGAAAGGGAUAAAGCAUGGAGCCUGUGAUUAUAUGGUAAAGCCAGUGCGCCUCGAACAGCUUAGGGGCAUAUGGACACAUGUGGUUAAGAAUAGUAAGACUGGUGAUGCUGCACGGAAGUUGCCAUCUGGGGAUGGUGAUGAAGUUGAGAAGGUUGGAGCAAACCACGCCAAGAAGUAUUCAAGGAAAAACAAAAAGGCUGUGGAUGUUGCUGAUGAGGACAACGAGAACACAUCAACCCAGAAGAAGCUUAGGGUCCAGUGGUGUGGUGAACUACACUGGAAGUUUGUACAAGCUGUCAAUCAGAUUGGCAUGGACAGGGCUGUUCCUAAGAAGAUAUUAGAAGUCAUGAAUGUGGAAGGCCUUACUAAAGAGAAUGUCGCCAGUCAUCUGCAGAAGUACCGAAUCUACCUCAGAAAGCUCAACGAGGGCACACUGAGGAAUUCUAAUCCAUUUGCUGAUGAAACUGAAGCACUGCGGAGAAACAUGAAUGUCCCAUCCUUCAUUGGCUCUCCAAGCUCAAGCAACCAUUUUGCAAAGAUGAAUUCCUCAUCUGCAAUUGGAACGCAAGCUUCGCUGCCCACAGAGUCAGUUCAGGUCAUGAGCUCCCAACUGGGCAUUCCUCCGUCAAACAUGGAACCAGUUGGUCACAGUGUCAACCUGCCCAAAGAUGUUGUGCCUAUGCCAGUGCAGGAUAUCAGCAGAUUCAACACUUCUGGCAAGUCCUACGCACCUGUAUCGAGUGGUGGGCUGCCAGGUGCAAGCCAGUGCUUCCGUUCUGGUCCUUCUGGCAGCUCCUUUGCAAAUAGUUCAAAUGGUGUGGUGUUGAACGCAAGCAAAGCUUUCUAUGCUGAUAUUUCUGGGAGUUCAUUUGCAAAUAUCUCAAAUGACAGUCCACCAUUGACCUCGAACAUGUCCUUUUCUUCGUCUCGUUCCUGCAGCUCCUAUGCGAGCAUGUUGCGUGCCAAGAUUUUGGGGUCAAGCAGAGGUAUUCCUUUCAAAGACAUAUCAGAUGGUGAGAUGUUGGCUCCUUCUGGUCAUUUACCAUUGCAAUCUCCUGACUUGGUGAACCAGCCUUCGGUUCAGCUUCAAUCAUGUUCUGCUGGCCAAUUUAACAAGGUUGCCAGCGAAGUUCACCAAAUUGCAGGACCUAGCAACUCCUCGAAAGUUGCUGUGCCGUCAAGGUUUUCUGAUCUUGGUCAUAAUGUUGGAACAUCUGAAGAUCCUUCGCAGGGUAACAUUUCCAAGAUCAACCAAUUGUCAAGAUUUGCAGGCUCCUCUGGACAGAUUCCAACUUUCGGAAAUGAGUAUCAGAAGAAAAUUGCAGGAAUCAUGGGGAACACCGUACCAAUGGUAGGUUUCAGAGAGCAGGUGGCAACAUUUAGUUUUGGAAACAACACGCACUCUACAGCGACGCCGAUUGGCAAUUCUGCUUUGGCUAGUUCUUCAAGCACCAGACCUGACCUUCAGAUAGACAACAAUUCUGCCAUGCCGACCCAGGUGCUGAAUGGCGGUGGUGCAAGUGACAACCUACAUGUAGGUAGCACUGUUAAUCAGCAAGCUAUUAGUGACCAAGUGAAUAACAUCAAUGAUUUCGUCAUGGGAACAUGUGAGGAACAGAAUGGGGAGAGCUAUGACUUGGAUGAUUUCGUCAUGGGAACAUGUGAGGAACAAGAUUUCAUCAACAAUGGUGGUCCUUUCAUCGAUGGGGACUGGGAGUUUGCCCCUUGA